AUGGUCUACAAAGACUGUAACUUCAUUUUUACCAUUGAUGUCAAUGACGAUGGUCUUGGUAGUGCAGUUGGGGAAGCAAAAGCUCUUCAUCCUUCAACGGCAAAUAAGACCAAUCUGGAAGUCGCAAAGGUGUUAACGCUCAUUGAUCCGAGAAAGCCUUGGCCGGAAGCAGUGAAUGUUCAGUUUGAUUCUGGUGAUAUCAUGAGGAUUCUCGUUUCCAGCCCUUGGAUGCCUCCAGUUUGCUCUUUCUGCAAGGAGAUUGGCCACAGUGUGAGAAGAUGUGCCUCUGCUCUGGUUUCCUGUACUUCUUGUAAAUCAACAGCUCAUUCCACUGCAAAUUGUACAAGAGUGAAACCUGUUGAAAUCUUGAUUUAG